AAGUGUUUUAGCUCAAGAGCACCAUUUCCGGAAUUUCCUACGUUUCUUUCUUUUCCGUUUUGCCUGCAUAGGUGAAUCGGUGAGUGUUGUGUAGAAGAUUUGUAUCAACAUAUUAAAUAUCAACCAUGGGAAAGCGCAAUAAUAUGAUCCCAAAUGGCCAUUUCCACAAGGAUUGGCAAAGAUUUGUUAAAACUUGGUUUAAUCAACCAGCGAGAAAAAUUCGUCGCAAACAAAACCGUGUUAAAAAGGCAAGAGCUCUUGCUCCAAGGCCAGCAAAUCUCUUGAGACCAGUAGUACAUUGUCCAACAUUCCGCUAUCACACUAAAGUUCGUGCUGGUAGAGGAUUCACGUUGGCUGAGCUGAAAGCCAGCGGUUUAAACAAGAGAUUUGCCCGGACAAUUGGUAUUGCCGUUGACCCACGUCGCCGUAACAAAUCGAUCGAAUCUCUUCAGACGAAUGCACAACGACUGAAAGAGUAUAAAGCCAAACUGAUACUCUUCCCAAUAAAUGAAAAGAAGCCGAAGAAGGGAGACGCAACUGAGGAAGAAAGGAAGUUGGCUACUCAAAUCAAAGGAGAACCGAUGCCAAUACGGCAUCAAGCACCUGCUAAAGCAAAAGCACGACCUAUUACAGAGGAAGAGGCCAAAUUCUCGGCCUAUGUGACCCUUCGUAAAGCAAGAGCAGAUGCACGACUAGUAGGCAUUCGUGCAAAGCGGGUUAAGGAUGCCGCGGAAAAUCCUGAUGACAUGACUAAGCUUGCUAAAGACAAGAAGGCUAAGAAAUAAUUUUCAUAACCUUUUUUUCCUUAUGCAAAUAAAAAGAAAAACAUUCUAUAAUGGAAGAAUAA